AUGAGCUCUUCAAUCCCAUCAACCCAGAAGGCAGCUUUGAUCGAAAACCCUGGAAUUGAUGCACGUAUAGUUCUUCGAUCGGAUAUACCGGUUGCUGACCCUCAGGAAAACGAGAUACUUGUAAAGCUUGAAUUUACUGGUCUUUGCGGCUCGGAAAUCCGUGCUUUAUCAGGAUGGGGUCCCUAUGACCCUAUAGUAGGCCACGAGGGUGUAGGGAAAGUGGUAAAACUCGGCAAAGAAGUUGACGCUGGCUUAUUUGGCAAGCGAGUCGGCGUGAAAUGGCUCUACAGCGCCUGCGGGACAUGCACCAUUUGCAAAAGAGGCUAUGCCAAUAACUGUCCCAAACAGCUUAACACGGGAAAACAUGUCCCGGGUACUUUGCAGGAAUACAUGAUCGCUGAUGCGAGAUACGUGACUGAGAUUCCAGACGGUCUUGCUGGUGAAGUCGCUGCGCCUUUGCUUUGUGCUGGGUUGACGAUGGCUGGUGCCGUGUCGAAGCUGACGGGAUAUGCUGAGAGGGGUGAUUGGGUUGUUAUUUCUGGGUCUGGUGGUGGGCUUGGACAUUUGGGUGUACAGAUCGCUAGUAGGUUGAACGGUCUGCGGGUUAUCGCUGUUGAUACUGGAGAGUCUAGACGGAAGUUGAGUUUGGAUAGUGGCGCUGAGCACUUUAUCGACUUUGCAACAGAGAACGUCGAGGAAAGAGUGAAGGAAAUAACGGGAGAGGGAGCAUCAGCUGUUCUGGUGGUGACUGGUUCUCAAGAAGCCUUCAUCCAAGCACCGAGUCUGGUACGAAAUAUGGGCAUCAUCGUCACGAUUGGUCUGCCGAGGAAUGACUUCAGCAUCCCGCUCUCUGCCACAGUAUGUUCUGCAAGGUCACUUACUGUUACCGGCGUUGCGGUUGGCACGGAAGAGCAGAUGAAAGAACUUUUGCAGCAUGCUGUUGAAGGAACGAUAGCCCCGGAGGUCAAGGUUCUCGAGUUUGAGGAAGUGGGGGUUGUUAUUGAGGGCUUGAAACGGCAGGAGAUCACUGGAAGAGUAGUCUUGAGAAUACCCGACUACCAACAGACGGCUCCAGAGUUUUAA